AUGGCCCAGUACGAAUGGGAGGCCCAUGUGGUCGAGUAUGUGGACUUUGUCAGUUCGGCAACAUCUGUUCACCCCAACAGCAAGAGUGGGUCAGUUCCACCAAAUCUGAAGAGUAGCAUACCUUUUUAUGGCCCUCAAUUUACACCUCCAACAUUUUUGCAACUAGAAAAACGUAAACAUCUUCCAAAUGUGAAGCCUGGAACUGCUUACAUGAAGGAGAUAACCAUUGUCCACCCCUUCUAUUUUGACGGCCUUGAUCAAUGCCCGAGGUGUCAGUCUCUGGAUGUGAAGUGGGGAGGAUGGACUUCCACAGGACAUCGAGAUAUUCAUGGCAUCCAAAGAGAAGAGUACGCACUAGGAGUCCAAUUGCAAUGCAAGGCCUGCAAAGAGAAUAAUAAGCAACGUGGUGAUCCUAAAAGUGGAGAAGAUAUGUACUGCUUUGCGACCACAAGUCAUCUAUUCUGGGAGAAGUGGGAAUUUUGGAAGAUCCCUCGUUAG